CCGUUUCUCCUGCUCACGAUGUAUAGCAGGGAACACAGCCGAGCUGUGGGCUUAUUCCCCCUCAACCCUCCCAGAAGGCGCCGUUUGGUGUCUUUCGCGAGAAGACUACGAGCAGCAAGCAGAAGCGCUUGGAUUCCCCCCACUGGCGACUCCCUUGCCUGUGAGGAAUUGGAGUUGCGCGAUCUGUUGCCAGAGUCAAAGAACACCUUUCCCACGCAUCACGAGCAAGUGCAGACACGAGCAAGGGGUUUGCCUGGAAUGCCUUAGGCGAUAUAUGGAGUUCCAGACGGAGAGGAUGGAAGUGCGCUGUCCGAUUACGAGUUGUGGGAAUGUGCUGGAGUUCGAGGACGUAAAGAGGUGUGCAGAGAAGAGCGUGUUUGAACGAUACGACAAAUUCCUUUUGAAUAGGCAUCUAGCCACGGAAGAGGAAUUUGUCUGGUGUCAUGAUCCCAAAUGCGGGUCGGGAUACUUCAUCCCCAGUUCUCGUUCCUCACCGUCACCGUCCACUACCACCUCACCCUCGUCCAUAAUAACGAUCUCUAUUUCCGCGCCUGCUUCUACACCGCCCACGUCUAUCGCGUCCCCCAAGUCCUCGCCACCCUCAACAUCACCCACCCAAUGCCCGCUCAUCCACUGCCCCACCUGCCAGUCGCCUACGUGUGCGCACCACCUCCGGCCAUGGCACUCCAACAUGACCUGUGCACAAUACGACCGCCAACAGCUGGGUCUAGGUCCGCUUGGCGUGCUAGGGAAGCAAUGGAGACAGGGUACGAAAACGGGAUGGUGGAUAAAACGGAAGACCAAGCCGUGUCCUGGAUGUGGAAUUAAAAUCGAGCGGUCAGAGGGAUGCGACCAUAUCACUUGCUACCCACCCGCUGGUUGCGGUUAUCACUUUUGCUGGCGCUGCUCUGCCAACUACACGCUCAUAUUUCAGGUGGGAAACCACGCGCAUAAGCGCUUUUGCAGGCACUGGAGGUCCGAGCGCGGAUCUGGUUGGAGGCUUUGGAGAGGCAGAAACUGAGCUCUCGACCAAGCCUGAUUCACCCGAUCUUCCGUUAUGUGGUAAGCUAUUUGAUUGAAGAAAACUCCCGGCUGUUUUCAUUGUAUCU